AUCUCAUGAUCAACGCCCUCUUCCAUCCCGGGGUAAUCAUGGUAAAAAGUAUCCCGUGGAUUGCCCAGUAAUGCAGUAUGGAUCUUCGUCAUGGUCAUACUCUCGGAGUCGCAGACAAAAAAUUUCUGACAGUCAGAGUCUGUAUGUGUGUGUAGUCUUGUUGGCUAGCGUGGCUCUUGUCUUGAGUUGGGCGGUCAACACUGAGGUAAUAGUGAGCACCCGUCAUUGCUCCAAGUCCCACUCCAAGCGCGAGACAGCAGCACUGUGAGUGUGAACAAGGACAACUAAUAUUACUUAGGUGGAGACCGAUUCUCAAGCUCAGGACUUGACGGCAAUGAGCGAAGCUUGGCGGCCUUGCACUUUACUGAAUCAUAGCAAACUGUUUUAUUUGUGAAGCGCCUGCAGUCUAGAAUCAGCGGUUCACGGUGUUUCAUCGUGGAAGGUGUGGAUGGCUGCCAAGCGGGCUAGCAAUGCUAGCUGGUGAAUGAUAUGCCAACUAACUUGGAACGACGACUGUCCUCGAAGUCUGAUCGCGCCAGGCGCUCAAUCAGACCUCGCGCAUCGGAAGAGAGGGAAUCCAGCGAUUCAGACGACUCCGGACCGGGUGCCGUCGAGGCUGAUUUCUUCACGCCACCGAGACGCGAGCGUCCUGAACCCGAACAGCAGCAGCCCGAGCAGCAGCAAUCGACCAACAUCAACAACAGGCGUGUAUCCUUCCAGGUUUCACCUACGCCCGACGCAACAGUACAGCCUGCCAUCGGCCGAUCCCCUGCAGAAAUCAUGAUGAAGCAAGCGUCAGCAGCCCGCGUGGUCGCAAACCAACCCACGGAGCUGAACCUUGGCCAGCCCACCUCGAGCAUGGAUCAAGGUCGGGCUCGACAGCGGGCAAUGAGUCAGUCACCGGGCUCAGGAGUGAACGGAGUUGUAGAGUCUCCUCAAUCGCACAAUUCUCAAAGAGUCCGAACUCAGGUGACGGACAAGGAACUAGUGGAGAAAUCAGUAAUCAGACAUUGCCAGUAUCUUGGUGAUAUCAGCCAGGUUCCAAUGACAUUCAACAUCAAUAGUCGCAGUCGACUUCUCAACCUCAUCGACAACUCCAGAAGACAAGGACGGUUGCCAUGGACACCGCACAAUAAGCAUAACGUCUGCCUGGCUCUGUGUGCCAAGGACCUACGGCUGCUGGAUCACAGAGGACAGGCUGUCAUAGUACGAUUACCCCUGCACACCAUUGCUGCCGUCAGCUACUUCCACGAUGACCUGCAGCACUUGGUUACCAUACAUACGGGUUCAGAAGGCGAUCGGGGCAAAGGUCUACUGCACAUUCUACAUUUUAGCACCCAGGAAGCUGCAGAGGAAGUGUGCAUGAUCAUCAGCAAGUGCUUUAACCUGCUGUACACCGAGGCCACCAUGGCUAUGCUGGACCAGUCUAUUGUGGACGGCAACGGAGGAGAGCUCUCACCACUCAAAUCACCAGGCAGAUCCUUAACGCGCGGAUUGGCCUCAGACCAAUACUACCCGAAUAUAUCCAGCAGCUUGGUGGCCGAGCUGCACGAUGUUCAAAGGAUUGCUGCACCAAGCGAGACUUCGGCCAACAUCUCGGCGCCGAAGAGAGGCGGCAUACUGCGCCAGCCGUCGCGCGACGCCAUGCCAGUGUCUGGAGUCAAGCAGUCGACAGCACCACUAGCACCACCAGCAGCACCAGCACUGGCGGGUGGUAUCGUCACUGCCACAUCGUCGGGCCAAGCAACCAAUGCGGCCACGGCAUCGCCACCUCCACCGCCGCCUGCUCCGUCGGCACCUGAUGGUCCGCCGGCACCGCCAGCUCCAGCUGCGAUGCCACCGCCGUCGAAUAGGCCGGCACUCGUACAGGCAGUCGGGCAGUCGAGGCGCAAACCGCACUCGGAAACGCCCGGCGUUGGGCUGGUGGCGGUGUAUGAUGAUAGUGAAGAAGAAGAAUCAGAUAGCGACCAUCGCCGACACGCUGGACAACCGCUGGUUGCCAGGCAACAAGUCCAGGAGCAACCGCAGGAGAAAGAGAUGACGGAAGAGGCAGCAGUUGUUGUCCAGCGCUAUAUGAAAGUGAUGCAUCACCUUGUUAGCUCAGAAGAGCUGCGCCAAUUUGCCACGCUGGUCAAGGAGUACCGUGACAAUCUUCCAAUAGCCACUUUCUGUGCCAGACUGGACACAUUGUUUGGGCCUGACCGACAGUUUAUGCUGCCAGGGAUGAGAGCAUUCAUACCAGAGACCGAUCAGUUCUAUUUUGAGAGCUUUCUGCAGGUGAAAGGUGCUGCUGAGCUGAAGAUUCCAGACCGAUUGCUCCAAGACUGAGGCUGUGACUGCAACGGGAGCGGCUUUAUCACCAUGGAUACCGAGCAGCUGAUUGGGACUCCGGCUUGAACAAGGUUGCCGCUCAAAGUCACCGCAAGAAUAUGUACCGGGUUCCGGGCCACAAUAUGUGGUUCCUGUAUUGCAGCAGCAAAGCCUGCGUGCGGCCAUAUUUCCGAGUCUAUUUGUACAUGUUGGGACAUACCCUUGCUAAUCUUUAUGGACACUGCGCUGGAAAUAGUUCAUGCAUUGCAAAUUCACCUCCUGACAACAGUUUAAAAACAUGCUACGUAAGUGUAUGUAUGCUCUAAAUAAUUAUACACCGUACAGAUGCUCAGCUCCCUCACCAGUCGGCACAGUUCAUUUCAACACUGUGAAUGGUCACUGUUACCUGUAGGUGAGAAUCAGGGCGUCGUAUGCCGUAUACGACUCAGCUCUGGUGAUAUAUAAUCCAGCUCGCAUAGAUUUCAGCCACCUGCACAGUUGAUCUUAUCAUUCUACAUGUAGGUACACACACCUAUGGCUAUGGCAAGUGUGCAUUUAUUAGCCAUUAUUCUACCAACUCAUGCUCCUGGUGGUGCAUUAUAAAAGAGUCAUGCUGCA